CCGGGAGAAAGGCAGUGAAGGAGCUCGAGGCGGUUUGGCAGCAUGGCCGAGCCGAGUAAGACCCACGUUAUCUUGUUGGCCUGCGGGAGCUUCAACCCCAUCACUAAAGGGCAUAUUCAGAUGUUUGAAAGAGCCCGUGAUUAUCUGCAUAAGACAGGACGAUACAUCGUGAUUGGUGGAAUCAUCUCACCAGUUCAUGACUCCUAUGGAAAACAGGGCCUUGUCUCCAGUCGACACCGCCUCACAAUGUGUCAGCUGGCCGUUCAGUCAUCUGAUUGGAUCAGGGUGGAUCCAUGGGAGUGUUAUCAGGAUACUUGGCAAACAACCUGCAGUGUACUGGAACACCACCGGGACCUAAUGAAGAGAGUGACGGGUUGCAUUCUGUCUAAUGUAAACUCCCCAGCUACACCUGUAAUUGGACAGCCACAGAAUGGAAGGCGCUCUAUCUACCAGAACUCCACAAUCACAAGCGACAAACCCACUGCAGUUCGAAUCCUGUGGAAGGUAAGCGAAAGUCUGGGUAGGAUCUGCUGUGUUCGUCCACACGUCGAACGUUUCACCUUUGUGGAUGAAAAUGCAAAUUUGGGCACAGCCAUGAGAUAUGAAGAGAUUGAGCUCCGCAUCUUGUUGCUGUGCGGCAGUGACUUGCUGGAAUCUUUCUGCAUCCCAGGUCUAUGGAAUGAGGAGGAUAUGGAAGUGAUAGUGGGUGAUUUUGGAAUAGUGGUUGUCCCUCGUGAAAGUGUAGACACAGACAGGAUCAUGAAUCAGUCCUCAUUGCUUCGCAAGUACAAGGAUAACAUCCUUGCUGUAAAGGAUGACACAAAUCAUCCCAUGUCUGUUGUGAGUUCUACCAAGAGUAGACUGGCUUUGCAACAUGGUGAUGGUCAUGUGGUGGAAUAUUUGAACCAGCCCGUUAUUGAUUACAUCCUGCAGAAUCAGCUCUACAUCAAGACAUCUGGAUAAAAAUCUCCAGCAAGGAUCAGAAAGAACAGCUCACAAUUUCUCUCUCAGUAAAACUGUUCCACUCCUCUACUGCUUACAUAUACAGAGCUUCUCGUCUCUACCAUUUCCACUGUACUAUAAGAAUAGAAGCUCUACUGACAGAAUGCACUGUAUGAACUGCACAGAACUUCUCGCUGUCCACUCAUUUCUCUUCCUCUGUGCUGCCCUCUAACUGACACUCGUGCUGACCUUCAUAUUAUUGCAGAAUACCAAGUGUCGGUAUAACUAUUUCCUUUUUUUUAUUAGAAGUAGAAACAUGUGCGUUUCUUCGUAGGAAAUUCCUAACCUCUCUGUGUUGCUUGCAACUUUGACACAACCAGGUCGCCUGCCCUCUCUGGGUUAGCGAUUCAGGACUUGCAGUUAGUAGCAUGCUUAGUUCAAAGAACUGCUUCAAUGCCUCUGUGUUUAAUAAAUAUGAUAAGCUCAAAAAGUCAAUUGUUUUCCCAACAGGAACAAGUAAGAUUUUGAAGGUAUUGCAGGUAUUCUUGACAUUUCACAAAAUGCAUAGCUUCUAAUAUAGUCAUCAAUAUCUUGAUAUAGCUGGGGGAAAAUAAAUUUGCACCAAAGUUCUGUUUGGAGAGAGAACAUCACAUUUAGCCUCCUUUUGUCCAGUGGUUUCAUAUAGAAACUUCAAGCAAUAUCAGUAAUGAAAUUCAAAACAAGUCCGUUUAAAAGCGCACCGUGGCAUAUUUCAUUUCUAUGCAGCAGCAGAAAUCACAGAAAAAUGAUGAAAUUAUGUGCAUAAAUCAGACUGUUCUCCACUCCAAUACAAUGCAUCAUUGAACAAAAUAAUUCAUUUUUUGCAAGUAAAUGUGUUGUUAUAAUGUUCCAGCCACAAAAUCCUUCAAGGAAGUUAGAGAACAGGAUAAUGCACACUUAAACAAUCUUCCCAUUUAAAUAAUCGCAAUAUAUUGAUCCUCAAAAGUCAAGAGUUAAAGCUAAGAAGUCUACAUCCCUUUUGGUAGAAGAUAUUCCUUGACAGUAUUGGUUUCAUUUUAAGAUUGUUGAGACUCAGCCUCUGUCUUCUUCCAUCUAUAUUCCCUAGACUGAUUAAAUAAUUCAAACAGGCAAAAUGUUUAUCUCAUAAGACCUCAGUUAUAUUGAGAGUUGGCAUCCAUUUUACUCCCAGGAUUUGACAUUCAUCCCUCUUUAUAGUACACGCACCUUAAUGUUAUAAAACAUCAUUGUAUUUCAAUUGCCACCUGAGCUGAUAUUUUCUCUCUAUUCUGUACAAUCCUGCUCUGGGGAAACUUCUGUUCAUUUAUUAAUAUUUGUUUUCAAAGGCCUCUAGAUGUCCUUCUGCAAAGAAGCUUAAAGGCAUUUUUGUUUUCCUUUUUCAGGAUGGUAAUCUGUACUAUUGAAAAUGUUUGUAAUUGUCCUUGGUCUAAGUAAAGUUGAAUUGGAUUUAAUUUGACUAAUAUUUUUGAGUGUAAGUUUAGCUUUAUUGUCACCUAGAUAGGUCCAACUUGAAAGAAUGAUGAUCAGUCUUGGUGAUAAAGAAAUUUUGAAUUUCAUGAAAGGAGUAUUCUACAAAAAGAAGCAAGGGACAAGGGAAAAAGAGAUGUGAUCCUUGAGGUAGUUUUCACUGAUCACUGACCAAAUGCCAGCUCAGACUCAGGGGCUAGUUCCUCUCCUCUCAGAAGUCAAAGUCUAUAACAACCAAUCAUCCAUAGCUUCAAAACAGUCAAAUGUAUACCUACAAAUCACCACAGCCAAAGAGCGGAACAUCAAAUGAAUAGUCUGUUCAAAAUAACUACAAAGUUCAUUUUGGAAACAAAAGCUGAUCAUGGUUGGCUUCAUUUAUCAUUGUUUUACCUUAGCAAUGGCUUGAUCUGACAACAGAGAAAUUGAUUUUUUUGGUUCUGCCUGUAUCAUAUUAAACUCUUAACAUCUAAUUAGAUGAUAAAGCUGUUGUUCAGUCAUGUCAGAUAAUCAGGUUUCACUGCUCACAGCCCUAUCUCAUUCAGUAUUGUAAAAUUUUACCUUGUUUAUUUGCAAUUAGUGCAGAUUCCUGUCAAAAAUACCUGCUGUUUCUAUUAAUGAUUGCACAGAGCUGUCAGACAUAUCUUUUAAUGUACAGUAUGUGACUGAUCUCUGUUCUUUGUUGUCUAGUGUCCAACUCCACUUGUAGUUUAAACUUUAAUGUUGCACGCUCGUCUCUUUACACAGAUAGGUGGAUAUCAUGAAAGGAUUCUCUAUCACCUUCUUGGUGUUUUCAUUUUAUUGUCAUUCAAGAAUAAUAAAGAUUAGAAGUGA